GGACAUUGGACCUAGCGCGAAACAUUCAAAUUUGCUUCUAGGUGCCGCGCACGCUUCUCAAUUUUGGGUUCUAGUAUGGAUCCAUCGUUCAUAAAUGAAUUAACUAACUGUUUACAACAUACUGUUUCACCAGAAAGAGAAACCAGAAGGUCGGCAGAGGCAUAUCUUAAAGCUGUGGAACUACGCCCGUCGUAUUGCUUAUGCUUGCUCCAUAUUCUUCAGGAUCCGAAUGUCCCUUCCCCAACACGAAUAGCUGCAGCUAUCACUUUGAAAAACUUCAUCAAGAAUCACUGGCAAGUUGACUCAGAUGAGACAGAUCGUAUACAUGCAUCUGAUCGUGAAGGAUUACGCAAUCAACUUAUUGGAGCUAUGCUUUCUGUAGCAGGGAAUAUCCAAUCACAACUUUCCGAAGCCAUAAGUACAAUUUGGCGAGAGGACUUCCCAGGAAAAUGGCCGAAUUUGAUACCUGAAUUAGUGCAAAGAAUGGCACAACUUGGCGCAGAUUUAAAUAUGGUCCAUGGAGUUCUUUAUACAGCUCAUACAUUGUUUAAAAGAUAUCGUCACGAAUGCGCUGGUCCAGAUUUGUACAGAGAAAUGAAACUUGUGAUUGGUCAAUUCGGUGCACCACUUACGGAACUUGCUAAGAAUCUCCUUGCCUUGGUUAUUGGAGCGAAUCGGAUCUCAGAUGCCUCACGUUUAACUACAGUUCUUCAAUGUUUACUACUAGUCUGUAAAAUAUUUCUCAGUCUUAAUUGUCAAGAUUUGCCAGAAUUUUUCGAAGAUAAUAUGCAAGAUUGGAUGACAUUUUUUCGUAGUUUAUUACAAUUAAAUGCAUCAACUUUAGAUUUAACCAAUGGAACAAAUGAAAAUAAUAAUGCUACAGUUUUAAUUGAACAAAUUAAAUCACAAAUUUGUGAUAAUGCCAGUUUAUAUGCAUCAAAAUAUGAACCAGAAUUUGCUUCAUAUCUUCCUGGUUUUGUUACUGAUGUAUGGGAAAUGUUAUUAGGUACUAGUGCUCAAACAAAAUAUGACUUGCUUAUUGGAAAUGCAAUUGGAUUUUUAAGCUGUGUCAUAUCUCGUCCACAGCAUAGAUAUUUAUUUGAAAAUCCUGAAACAUUACAAAAACUCUGUGAAAAAGUUAUUCUUCCUAAUAUGCAUUUUAGAGCAUUGGACGAAGAAUUAUUCACUGAAAAUCCUGAUGAAUAUAUUCGCUUAGAUCUAGAAGGUUCUAAUGCACAAACACGUCGAAGAGCAGCAUGUAAUCUAGUUCAUGUAUUAUGUGAAGCGUUUGAAGGUGCUGUUGUAACAAAUUUCGCUACAUAUAUUGAACAUUUAUUAAAUGAAUAUACAAAUACACCAAAUGGUGGAGCAUGGACUUCAAAAGAUGCAGCUUUACUAUUGGUCACUUCAGUUGCUAGUCGUGGUAAAACAGAAAAGCAUGGCGUUACAGUCUCCACUGAAUUAGUUAAUUUAACAACAUUUUUUGAAAAUCAUGUUCUACCUGAAUUACGAAAUCCUAAUGUUAAUUAUUUGCCUGUGAUCAAAGCGGAUUGUUUACGUUAUGCUAUUGCAUUUCGUUCACUACUUCCAUCUGUGGCCUUAAUCAAUCUAUUGAAUAUGACUCCAGUGUUACUUACUGCUUCAGCACCGGUUGUACAAAGUUAUGUAGCUUCAUUAAUUGAUAAAUUAUUGGCUAUGCGACGAUUAGAUUCACCUACAGAUCCUGUAAUACUAAAAGAACAAGUAUCAGAACCUCAAUUAUUAAUUGAUAGAUUAUUGAAUAUUUUGAAUAAUCCUGAAUAUGGUGAAAAUGUUUAUAUAAUACGAGCCUUAAUGCGAGUUUGUUGCUGUUUACAAGAACGUUGUCUACCGUCAAUGACAUCACUUGUAUCCACUUUAUUAUCUCGUCUUACUCAAGUUGCAAAGAACCCAUGUAAACCGGAUUAUAAUCAUUUCCUAUUUGAAACAAUCUGUUUGUGUAUUCGUUUAACUUGUGCCACGGAACCAGCUUUAGUGUUACAUUUUGAAGCAGCAUUCCUUCCAAUCUUUCAAGAUAUUUUACAACAAGAUGUUGUUGAAUUUGUACCAUAUGUAUUUCAAUUGAUCAGUGUUAUGCUAGAACAGUAUCCAUUAUCUCAAAUUGUUCUAACUAAUUGUAAGUUACCACCACCUGUUAUCAAUGGCAUGACAACAGGAACACCUAGUAAUUUCCGACCUUCACAGGCUUAUUCAGCUUUACUUCAACGAAUCCUUGUCCCAUCUCUGUGGGAACCAAAUAGAAAUGUUCCAUCGCUUGUUCGUUUGUUACAGGCUUACCUGUUACAUAAUAUGGAUGAUGUGUUAGCAGCUAAUAAGGUAAUUCACUUAUAAGAUGUAUUUGUAAAUGAUAAUAGUUUUUUUGAUUUGAUUUCUUGGGUUGUUCUUAUUUUCAUUAAAGUUAUUCACAACAAACAAUUGAUGAUAUACACUUUUGAGGUAGUUGUCAUGCGAUGUUUACUUGUAUAUUCAUUAAGUUGCAAUAAAACUAGGAACGAUUAAACAAGAACAUACCAUUAAUCCAUGAAUUCAUUGACUGUUGAAUUGAAUCCUGUUUUGUUUAUGCAACAUAAUAUUCAGUUGGAUUCCAUACGAUAAUUGUGAUCAGUUAAUUUCAAAACAUUGGAUAACAUGGCUCAGAAUAAUCGUUUUACACUAGUGUGAAUAUAUUCACAGUUUAUCUGUUUACCGCUUUGGUUCCUAAAGAAAUUUUUUUUUAAUUCUAUGAAUUCAUUCAUUCUUCUUAAAUCGUCUAGUCUUUACUUAAUCUUUUCUACUGUUAUGGUAUUUGUCUUAAGAAUGACAUAGUUUGUUAGUUUUGAACUGAAAUUCCAUAUUAAUUAUAUAGCGGAUUGUUUGUUAAUUAAUUAUUGAUUUAUUCUACAAUUCAUAUUUCUUAUCAGAACUUUCAGGAGUACAUAAGUCGAAACAAGUUACUCUUAGUAGUAGUAAAUACAGAAUUCUCAUAUUGAAGUCACGUUAAUUAUCAAUUCAUACAUAGAUAGUAUUACAUUACUAAUUAGUUACCUCAUACUUAUUAAUGUUAAUGUUAACUGUUUGUUUAUUACUAAAACUGAUCAGUCUCUUAUUAGUAUAUGUACACUGUGUGGAUUGCCUCAAUAUUAUCUUAAAUCACCAGCAUUGUAAAUAGAGAUGGAUAGUGGCUAACGAUGGAAUUCAGGACGCGCGUUUCGUCCUGUUCGGGACUCGUUAGUUAAAGUGAACAACGUGAACGGUACUGGGUUCGAGUCUCAGGGUGAGCAUCAACUCUAGGAUGCAGGUUCAACCAGCUGACGAAUUUAAACUAGAACAAAACGCGUUUCCUUGAUUCUAUUGCUCGCCACCAUUCAUCUCUGUUUUCCAGACUGUUUGCUUCAUUACUUUGUUUCUAAUUUUGUUAAUUUUUAUCGUAGACAAAUGUUGUACUAUCCACUAAAAAUCUUUAAGUUUUUUUCUUAAAUUGAACAAGAAAAUUCAUUCUUCAUGUUUGUGUAUAUGGUUUUUUUUCCCCACUGUUCAAACAAAAGAUACUGGGAUCCAAGUCUCAGUGUAUGAACAUCAUAACAUUAAAAUGUGGAGAUAUACAUCCAGUUGAUGAUGAUGAUGAUGAUGAUGAUGAUAACUUCUAAAUAGGGCGAAAUCUAUAUCCUGUUAGAGAGAUUCUACCAUUAACCAGAAUUUAACUCAAUUAUCACUGGUCUUUCAUUAUGAUAAUGAAGAUAACUAUGUAUUAUAAAAUUGAUGUAUAAGAAAUUUAAUCCUUAUGUCAACAUUUGGAUUUAGAACUGUACUCUCUUCUCCGAAUGUCUUCUUUUUUCUUUCACGAGAAUAUUUAAUGAUUCACUUUUGUUUAAUCCAUUCAGGUUCAUUCUUUGGUAAGCAAAUUUAAAAUCUAUUUAUCUCAUCACUUACAAUUAUCAUUAUCAUUAUUCACUCAUUUACAAGGCAUAAAUUCCUAAUAUUUAACUUUCUGUCAAAAAUUUCUUUGUGUUGAUGAUAAGUAAUAAUGUUACUUGGUUUCUCGAACCGAAUUACAUGUUAGCCUAGUUCAAAUGUGUGAUUUUAUUUCUCUGUACUAAUGGGAUAAUGGCGAAUUGAACCAAUGUACACACAUACCAGAUUCUAAAUUUUGACUAAUUGAUCUCAUCACAUAUGACAUACAUGUAAUUUUCCAAAUUUAUUUCAAUGUAUUAUACUCCUUGAAUAACAUCUUCAAACCCUAAUCUUUCCGAUUACUGCUUAUACUCCUACCACCUCUCUACCACUACGGGAUUUAAACGGACAAUUGCAUCUCUGUUUUAUUGUGGUAUAGCAGCUCGAACUGAUGUACGUAAGUACGAAGUUCUACGUUGUUACUGGCUGACUGAACUUACGUACUUCUGUUAUCCCUCGUGGAGGAGCAUAGGUCGCCUAUCAGCAUUCUCCAUCAAACUCUGUCCUGGAUAAUCUUUCCCAGUUACUAUUCAUCCCUUACAUUUCUGCUUCCGAUUCCCGACUCAGUGUAUCCUUUGGCCUUCCUCUAUUCCGUUUCCCUUCAUGAUUCCAAGUUAGCGGUUACCUCCUGAUUCAGUCUAAUAUAUGUCCUAUGCACUUCCAACGUUUUUUCCUGAUUUCCUCUUCAGAUGGAAGCUAUUUUGUUGUCUCCCACAGUACGUUGUUGCUGAUGGUAUCCGUUCAACGGAUAUUGAAUAUCUUGCGUAGACAAUCGUUUAUGAAUACUUGUACCGUUUUAAUGGUGGUUGUAAUAGUUCCCUAAUUUUCGGCUCUGUACAGUAGUAGGACUGUCUUGACGUUCGUAUCGAAGAUUGUGACUUAUAUGUUGGUUGACAGUUGUUUUGAGUUCCAUAUGUUUUCACAUCUGCAUCGGAUCCUCUGCGUUCAUCGAUGAUACUGUCCAGGUACGUGAGAGUCUCCAUCAAUUGUGAUUGGGUUAAUGUUCUCCGUGUUGUAUUUGAGGAUCUUGGUUUUUCCCUUGUGUAUGUCGAGGCCUACUGACGCAGAGGCUUUUGCUACACUAAUCUUGAUCUGCAUUUGUUGGUAUGUGUGGGAUAAAAGAACCAAGUCAUCUUUGAAGUUCAAAUCGUACACCUGAAUCACUUGUCAACUAUAGUACUAGUUACGAUUCCUAGAUAUUAAUGCAUGCAACUCAAUAGUUUGAAACGUUAUCAAAUAUAGCUGGGACUAGAAACUGAUGACGGUUCUCGUGUAUUUUUGCUCUUUAUCCAUCAUAAAAUUUGGAGGAGAUCUUUCUUAAGUAAAAGGAGUCUUUCUUGGAUAUCUUGUUAGCCAAAUUAUGUCUGCUCUCGUUUAGUUAUCUUUAUUCAUUUAUUCAUUAUACUCAUAUUUUAUUUUUCCACAAUUCCAUCACUUAAUCGUGAAACACAUAUUUAUUUCACUGCCCACUUUGUACUCAGAUUUAUAUUUUAUAAGGUGUGUCUUGAACUGAUUAUUCCUGUCAAAUUCAAACUUGAUUGUCACAGUCUCUGCUGUUGAAUUAGUUUCGAACUUUAACUGGCUUCUUAUUGAAUUAAAAUAUUUCUGAUAGUUAAUUCGAUAUUUUUGUACAAUUUUGAACUAACAUAUACUCUUUAGGAGAUUUUAAGCGUUAGACAUCGUUAAGUAAUGUUAGAUAGUGGUUAGCAGUAGAUUCCAAGACGCGUGUUUCUCCCUAUUUGGAACUGUUCAGCUGGACUCAGUAGCUAAGUGAACAACGUGAUGGCGUUUUAAGCGGACGAUACUGGAUUCGAGUCUCAGGGUGAGCUUCAACUCUGGAAUGCAUGUUCAACCAACUGACGAAUUUAAAAUAGAACAAAACGCGUUUCCUGGAUUCGAUUGCUCGCCACCAUCCAUCUCUGUUUUCAGGACUGUUUAUUUCAUUACUAUUUAGAAUUCAUCAUCUAGAUGUACCUACAUCAAAGUGUUAAUUUUAUUACUGGGUCUCGAAUCCCAAUACUUUUCGCUUCAGAUCUCUAACCCUAACCACUAGCUUAUAUAACAUAAAUGAAUUUUAUUGUUUGAAAUCUUUUACCCUAACCAUUGUUGUUGAUUUGUGAAUAAUUUAUUAUGCUAAUUGUUAUUGCCUCUAACUUCUAGAUAUAUUUUCAUACGUCCCAAUUUUUCAUCGGGUCACUGUUAUUCUAAUAGUUGAAACAAAUAUUCUAGUUAUCUAUGUAUAUUUAUUUGAACACAUAAAUACUGGUACAAGGGGGCACCAGAUACAUAUGCGCCACAUAAAUCAUACGACUUGUAUGAGGGCUGGGAUAUUGCCCGGGUGGCCAAACCCCGAAGCAGGUGGUUUUAUUAGGUGGCCACACCUUGAGCCUUUAAUCUAAAGGUCUAAUCCACAAGGCAGUAGAUCAACGUCAGGAGAUGCAGUCCCAUGUUGGCCGGUGACCAACGAUUAUUUCAUACAUUAUUUGUUCAUUCAGGAUACUGGAGUCCAUGUGCACCAUUGGUUUGGAAUGAGGGUUUUCCAACUCCCCUAGGGUGGAUCCACCAUCCUGGUUAAAGCUCCGAAUAUUCUCUUUUCAUCCUCUCAAUUUCAUAAACAACAGUAAUGCCACGAGUAGGCAUUGAGUAUGACUUUUGUGGCAGUAGUUGUAUGCACGUGGCCACAUGAGAGCAUUUGGAGAGGGUGAGCGAACUUUUCCCACUCUCGACCGUACCAGGGCAUUUGGGGGCAAUAUUCUAGUUAAGAGUUGACAAUAAGAUGAAUUUCAUAAAGUGAAUAUUAAAUAAUUUGAAAUAAUUGUAGUAGCAAACAUUGAUGAUUUAGGAGGAAGUAUUGACAGUAUACGUAUGUGAAAGGAAUACUAGAACCCUCGAUAAAUAGAAAAUUGAAAAGUAGAUUUAUGUGCUGCCUUUCCUGUGAUUGAUUUGAAUCUAUCUCAUCCAACUUCUUUAAUGACACUGAUAGCGUGUUAUCGUACAGACACUAACCAAAUGUUCUCCACCUAUCAAUAGUCAGUAAUUUCAUGGACUAAUACUACAUUUUGUGCUUGACCUCCUCUCAAAUUUCUUUUAACAUACUCUUACAAUAGCUGACACCGAGUAUUCAUAGUAGACGGUAGUUAGGCAUACGUUAUGCAUAUCGAAGUAAUUUCAGUUAAUGAAGAUUGAGAUAAAGUGAAGUGAUCAACACUUUAAGCUACUUUAUUCUUUGCGAUCAAUCAAAGUAUUCGUCAAAGAUUUCGAAAAGUUGUCAACAUUUAUUGUACUAUGGCCACGCGUAUAUAGCCUCUGCCAGGAAAGUCCUACUCACUGCCCUAUCGUAGCGGGGGUGUUGUUUACGAAAAUGAGAGGACAAAAAGCGAAUGUCCGGCACUUUAACCGGAUUCUAAACCAAUGGUGCACAUGGGCUCCACUAUCCUGCGGGAACAAAUGGCGUGCGAAUCAAUCGUUGGUCCUCGGCCAACAUGGGACAGCAUCUCCUGACGUUGCUUCAUUGCCUUGUGGAUCAGACCUUUAGGUCGAAGGCUCAAGGUGUGGCCACCUAAUAAGACCACCCACUUCGGUUUGGGCACCCGGCCAGUAUCACAGCCCUCACACAAAUCGUAUGAUUUGUGUGGCGCAUAUAUAUUUGGUGCCUCCUUGUACCAUUAUCUAUGUGUUAAAUUAAAAUAAAUAAUGAUAUUCGAUAUUAUAGGAAUUUUGAUGUAAUAAUUAUCUGUCACUUAUUCUAAUUUUCUUGGUAUCAUUCAUACCCAUCAAUGAGAUGAAUUCAUUUUAGAUGUUGAUUAUUGAUUUAUGAUUAUCUAUUUUGUUUUUGUUUGUUCUUCUUUCGUCAUUCUCCUUGAUAUCACCUCUCUCUGUAUCAUCUCUGUAGAUUACACCGAUUCUAGGAGUAUUUCAAAAAUUAGUUAAUUCCUCUAUAAAUGAUGUGUAUGCAUUUGCUUUAUUAAAUGCUAUUCUAUUAUCUGGUCCAAAAGAUAUUUUAAUGCCAACAUAUUUUCGUCAAAUAUUCAUGAUCAUAUUUCGUCGAUUACAAUCAUGUAAAAGAGAGAAAUUUAUGAAAGCUUUUGCAUCAUUCAUCGCUCAUAUGGUAUUAAUCUAUUCACCGAAUGAAUUGAUUACACUUGUUGAUAGUAUUCAAUCGAAUCUAUUUGCUCGUGUACUAGAAAAAGUUCUUAUUCCAUAUGCUGAAAUUAUUAUCGCUACACCAUUGAUUUCAACUAGUGGUUUUGCAAAAAGUGCUGAAGUAUCCAAUCUACCAUCUACUUCUGUCUGUACAGAAUGGCGUAUGAAUAGUAUUGGAUUAAUCCGAUUUAUUGGUGAAGCACAAGCUUUACUUACCAGUGGUUCUACUUAUCGUGAAUCAUGGCUCCCUUUAUUAAUAAAAAUUAUUGCCGGUUUGGCUAGUGGUCCAGGACGUGGUGGUGAUGCUGCGAGCGAUUUGGCUGUAUCGAUGGCAAUGAAUUCUAUGGUAGAUGGUUUUCAAAAAGAUGAACGUUUCAUUGAAAUAGACUCAGAUCCUUCUGGUCAGUCAGCUUACUAUCAGUUGACAUUUGCAAUUCAAAAGUUACCGGAUUUAUAUGCUUCAAUUACUGAUCCCCGUGUUUAUUUGGCAAAAACAUUGCAUGAUUUAUCCAAUCUAUAUCCUGGCAAGUUACCUGUAUUACUGAAUUCUAUCACAGAACAAUCUAUAACUCUAUACUUAAAAUCAUUAAUGGAACGUAGUCAACUUUGUAUUAAUUAGAAUAGAAUACAAUAUAGGAAAUAUGCACAGAAAUAACAACAAAAUAAAAAAGAGAGAAGUUAUACUACUUUGUUAUUAUUUUUUCCCGUAAGAAUUAUAUGGAUGCAUAUGUGUGUGUGUGUGUGUGUGUGUGUGUGUGUGUGAAUGAGUUCAACUUUCGAAAUCCAUACUAAAUCCUUGUCAUUCCUUCUAUUCUCUCUCUCUCUCUCUCCCUCCUAUUUCAUUAUCCUUGAUCCCGUUCAUAAUGUGUUGUAAUGAUUACCGGUACGUUUGUCCAUUUUUUCUUUGUGUGUGUGUGUCCCCCCAAUUAAAAGAUGAAACAAUUUGAUAUGAUGAAGAGUAUACCAUUAUUAUUAUUACUUAUUGGGUUUCUUUUUAUAUUGUCUUUUGUUAUUAUUUUCCAAUGCCUCAGAUUCAUUGAUCUUUUUCUGUUGAUUGUUCGAACUCACUCUGUAUGUGUGUACGGGGGGGGGUGGAGAGGUCUCAGAUUUCACUCUAUCUUGAAAAUUUCCUCGUUUUUUUUUCUACUUCCAAAUUGUUCAUUCACUGUUCCUAUCUACUUUUAUUCUUUUCAUAUAUAUGUAUGUAUUGUAUUGUAUAUUUGUUUAAAUUUAUCAUAGAUAGAUGAUCAAAUGAACAAAAUAAAAAACCUUUGUUUUUUUUUAAUUUUUCUAUUCAUAGAAUAAAAUAGUAUAUAAGAUGCAUUUAUUGAAUAUAAAAUAUAUCUGUUCGGUUCAUUCUUAUCUACUUUCCUAUUCAUAUUAAAGAUAUGGAGAGUUGAAAGAGAGUGAGAGAGAGAACAGUUCCAUCUCUUGAUCCUCUAUAAAGAUAUAUGUUCAGUUAUACUGUAGCGACCACAAAACUAAACAGACGAUUGUUUGGGGCCAGUUACACAUAAUGUUUCUAUGAAAAGAUUUUUGAUAUGUUGUUCGUUCCGUGUUUGAGAAAACUUAACCACUAGAAGUCCGUGUAUUUAGGUAGCUACAUAUGUGCUGGUGGUGGUGUGAGUGAUGAGAUCAAUACACGUAUAGUGAAAGACAGAGCGGCUUAUGCCAAUCUGGGACAUCUUUGGCGCAUUCAUGAUGUUAGUCUGGCUGUAAAAGGUCGGAUCUACAAAGCGUCGGUGAGAUCAAUUCUGCUCUAUGUUAGUGAAACCUGGCCUCUCCGAGCUGAGGAUGUUAGACGACUCUCUGUGUUCGAUCAUCGUUGUCUCCGAAGGAUUGCUGACAUUCAAUGGCAACACCAUGUUAGUAAUGUAGAGGUUCGGGAUCGUGCGUUCGGGCACAGAGACGAUAGUGCAAUUGGUGUCACUAUCUUGGAGCAUCAAUUUCGGCAACUUGGUCAUGUUCUACGAAUGUCGUCCCAGAGAAUUCCACGUCGUGCAUUAUUUGUUGACUCUGGGAUUGGUUGGAGAAAGCGGAGAGGUGGUCAGUAUAUGACAUGGUGUCGUGGUAUGAAAGAAAGCUACAAAGGGCUGGCUUGUAUUGGUCCUUCACGACUCCCUGGUUGGGGUCCGAGAGAUGGUGCUACACAGUGGCUAGAGACGUUAUCAGAUAUGGCUCAGAAUAGAAGCCAGUGGCGAUCCUGCUGUAACCUUCUUUUACUUUCUUCAUAAAAAGUGGUUGCUUCUUCCUUAACUGCCGCAUAUAUAUUUGGUGCCCUCUUGUACCAAUAUUUAUGUGUUCAACUAAAUAAAUAAAGAGAUAGAAAUUCAUGAAGUUAGGUAGUAAGAUGUAAUAUUUUCGCGGUCGAUCUUUUCUAACCUCUUCCCUUUCUCUAUGAUGAAUAGGCAACAUUGUUACAAAUGAUGGUUAUCUAAGGGAACGUAUCAAAAAAAAAAAAUGUUCAAUAGACUUAUAAAUCAAUAGUUUUGUUACACAUUCCAUAGAAAUGAGUGGGAAUAUUAAAAUUUGAAGUAGAGAGUUGAAAUAAUAAAGAAAAUUGAGAAUAAAAUGAGAACAAUAUUGAAGAUCAUCUACUAAUAAACGUAAUUGGUAUGAGAUGUUUCGGAGGAUAGUAUAAAUGGACUCUGUGGCUUCAUAUCUAAUCUGAAGUCAUUACUCUGACCUAAAUAUUCAAAACAAUCAAUUACUAGAUAUACAAAAUGAACAUGG